AUGAUCUCCCUCUAUCGACGAAUAGCUGGAUGCCGACUUCCACCUCACGUCCGGAGCUACAUCCCAACCCCUGCAGAACUGUCUGAGGGCGAAAAGGCUAUAUGGAACAAGCUCAAUGAGAAAUUCUCUCCUUCUGAGCUGAAAGUCAUGGACGUAUCAGGAGGAUGCGGGAGCUUCUACAAUAUCAUCAUUGCGAGCGAAAACUUCAAGGGGAUACCAACUGUCAAGCAACACCGCAUGGUGAAUGAGAUCCUGAAGCAGGAGAUCGAAGGCAUUCACGGUCUGCAGCUGAAGACAAUUGUGCCGUCGUAG